UAUUCAUACGUUUGAACCAAAUGCCCCAAGUAAAAAUGGAAACUGCUAAGCGCGCCGUACUGCCGUAGAAUACUGAGUGCUGGCCUAUAACGAAAGAAGGGCGAAUUCAGCAGAGGCCUGUCGGCGAGCUCUCGUCUCUGUUCUCCGCUCUCAAAUCAGAAGCUCUUCUCAAGCAUGGAUUUAUUUAGGAAGGCUAUUCUUCACCCGGGACUCCCCGAAGAAUUCGCUCUCCAGACUGUGCAAGAAGCUAUCAAACCUCAGAGGCAAACCAAAUUAGUCCAGGAUGAGAAUCAGCUACUGGAGAAUAUUUUGAGAUCUCUACUCCAAGAAUUGGUGUCUGCUGCUGUUCAGGCAGGGCAGAAAAUCAUGCAGUAUGGGCAGUCAAUUGAUGAUGGUGAAAGCAGUCAGGGUCAAAUUCCACGACUUCUUGACAUUGUACUAUAUCUUUGUGAGAAAGAACAUAUUGAAGGUGGCAUGAUAUUUCAGCUUUUAGAAGAUUUGACAGAAAUGUCCACCAUGAAAAAUUGUGAAGAUAUAUUUGGGUACAUUGAAAGUAAACAAGAUAUAUUGGGGAAGGCAGAACUAUUUGCACGAGGAAAACUUGUGAUGUUAAGGACAUGCAAUCAACUUCUUCGUCGGCUGUCAAAGGCAAAUGAUGUUGUGUUCUGUGGAAGAAUCAUCAUGUUUCUUGCUCACUUUUUUCCACUAUCUGAACGCUCCGCUGUUAAUAUAAAGGGAGUAUUCAAUACAUCAAAUGAGACAAAGUAUGAGAAGGAAGCUCCUGAAGGUAUUUCAAUUGAUUUCAACUUCUACAAAACCUUUUGGAGUUUACAGGAGUGCUUUUGCAACCCACCGUCUCUAUCUCUUGCCCCUGCCAAGUGGCAUAAAUUUACUUCUAGUUUAAUGCCUAUAAGUGAUGAAGAGGGCAAUGCAAAUUACCUUGAGGAUGAGGCAGCUGCAUUCAACAUAAAAUAUCUUACAAGCAGUAAAUUAAUGGGGCUUGAGUUGAAGGAUCCCAGUUUCCGACGUCACAUUCUGGUUCAGUGCCUCAUUUUAUUUGAUUAUCUCAAGGCCCCAGGAAAAAGUGAUAAAGAAUUGCCAUCUGAAGCCAUGAAGGAAGAAAUAAAGACUUGUGAAGAGCGGGUGAAAAAGCUACUUGAAAUUACUCCACCUAAAGGAAAAGAAUUUCUCCGGUCUAUUGAGCAUAUAUUACAGCGUGAAAGGAAUUGGGUUUGGUGGAAACGUGAUGGUUGCCCUCCAUUUGAAAAACAACAGAUUGAAAAGAAGCUAGCUCAAGGUGGACAAAAGAAACGUCGACAACGGUGGAGGCUUGGAAAUAAAGAACUCUCUCAGCUAUGGAAGUGGUCUGAUCAGAAUCCGAAUGCUUUAACUGAUCCUCAACGUGUGCGCACUCCUGUUAUCUCAGACUACUGGAAGCCCUUGGCUGAAGAUAUGGACGAAUCUGCUGGAAUUGAAGCAGAAUAUCAUCACAAAAAUAAUCGGGUUUAUUGUUGGAAAGGUCUCCGGUUUUCUGCUAGACAGGAUUUGGAAGGAUUUUCUCGAUUUACAGAACAUGGUAUUGAGGGUGUUGUGCCUGUGGAACUUUUGCCUCCAGAGGUGCGGUCAAAAUAUCAAGGUAAACCAAGUGAUAGGUCCAAGCGUGCCAAGGAGGAAACAAAAACUUCAGUGCAACAAGCAGAAGAAAAUCAGGUCGCAACACCUGCUAGUGAGGUAUGCAUCGAAGGCGGCAAGGCUGACCUUGAAACCUCUGCUACUCCAAUGGACACAGAUGCUACCGGGAACAUUUCUCAAAGUGGAACUCCAACACCAGACGAAAAUCAGAAGCAAAGUUCUGACACAGAUGUUGGUCAGGAAGCAGGGCAGAUAGAAGCUGAUGCAGAAACACAGCAGAUUGAAGCAGAUGUAGAAGCAGAAGCAGAAGCAGAGGCAGAAGCAGAAGCAGGAACCAUCGAUGGAGAAACUGGUGACGCUGACGCUGAUUUAGAUGCAGUUGGCUGAUUACUACAGGCAGAGGUAGAAGCUGUAUCUCGAUUUGUAAUUGAUUUUCUUGUGUCAUGGAACUUCCGAACUUGCUCUCUUCAAAGAGAUUCAGAUCAAACCACGCCCUCUGGGUAAGAGAAGGCUGAUCAUGAUAUUCAUGCCCAUUACGCGGCCUAAUUAAUUCUCAAUCUUGUCUGUCGCUUUUGAAGCAGUUUUGUUACUCUUCUCAUGCUCCAUAUGUGAUUAUUGCAUUCAAACGCUGAACAGACCUAUGAAUGAGAUUGAAGUGUUGUACUUUUAUGAUAGAACUUCGUUCUGACAUAUGAGGAGAAUGUAGAUUGUAGAUUUAAGAUUAUUUAUGUUAACAUUUAUGAUGACUCUUGAUAUAUGAAAUGCCUAAUACAAACUAGUGUAA